UCGCCAGGACUGCCAGCAGCUUUCCGUCUGACGCUUGGAUAGUGCGUACGUUUGGGGGUGGAGGGCAGACGGGAGAAGCCAGGGAAAGAGAAGGAGCGUAGUGGAAGUCGGCCCCUGAUCCACCCUGUGUGCACGCCCAGGUUUCCCUGUGCCCGGAUUGACAGCGAACCCCCGGGACUGAAAGGGACCGCCCGGGAAAUGACAGAGCAGCCCAGCGCCUGACACGCCUCGCUGUGAGCUUCGGUGCUACCUUGGUGGAUGCUGCCCGGCUGAAUCGUCCGAUAAUGCUGAAAAUGAAGCUUCCCCUAAAGAAGAGCAAACACAAGGCGUCUGAUGAAGAGGAGGAGGAUGAGGAAGAACGGGCAGCCAUGUGCGAUACUCCCCACGACUGGGCAGCGCCUGGCGACUCUUUGCAUCGGGAGACCGUGUACCGUUGGUUCGUGAAGUCUUUGGGCCCGGCCAACCGGCUGGAAUUCGCCUACGGGCUCCUGGACCUAUGUAAUCCACUGGAGUUGCGAUUCCUCGGCUCUUGCCUGGAGGACCUGGCCAGAAGGGACUGUCAUUACCUGCGGGAGUGUGAGAAUAAGGCUAAUGGGCUGGCCGGGGAGCCGCUACUGGGGGACUUGGGCGAGCCCAUCUCCCGCGCUAAGCUCAUCAUAUAUCUGGCACUGCUCAACUCGGGCAGCCGGGAGGUGGCCAGUCGGCUCUAUCGCCUGUUGUUGCCCGAAGUGGGAAUCGAGAGGGUACUGGGAGGCAGGGACCGGGAGGAGGACAGCGCGGAGGCGGCAACGGCCCGUGAGGAGCUGCUACUUCUAUUCACUAUGGCCUCUCUGCAUCCCGCCUUCACUUUCCACCAGCGGGUCACCCUUCGGGAGCGCCUGGACCGGCUCCGGGAGGCCAUGGGCAGAAAAAGUCGGCCUGAGGGCAGCGUCAAUGAAUAUUUGCCAAAUAGUGAGGACCAUGUGUCAUCAAAUGACUCUGUCUGCCACAAUGGGAUCAGCACAGUAUCUCACAAAUUGCAGAAUGAAGCUGUACAUAUUGAGAAAAUUGCCUUUAAAGGUGCACAGAGAAAAAGGGCUGACAAAAAUCUGGAGUACACAUUUAAGGUUACCUGGUCAGAUCAUUCUGUAACUUCUGUGACUAAGUCACAUCAUGAGCUGCUGGAAUUCCUUUUAAUGCUUCCAAAUGAACUGUCAAGGGAAGCAUUUGAUGAGACAAUACUGAGAGCACUAAAUCAGGGUUCCCAAAAGAGGGAAGAUCGUCGACAUACAGACCUGGAGCCCAUAAUAAGGCUAAUGUUUAGAUCACCAUCCCAAGCACUCCUACAAAACCAGAAGGUUUAUAAAUUUUUUAAUUCACUUCCGAUGGAAUCAAGUCCUUCACGCAGUAUUGUACAGGCUAAUCAGAAGUCAUGCAAAACACCUGAACUUUUCAAGGAAGACAGUUCUGAGGCUUCCAGUCAGGAGGAAGAAAAUCAGCACCGCUUAACAAUCUACAAGAAACCACUUGGAAAAUGUCCAGUUGUAAAAAACACUUCUACUAUUAAAAAUUCUCCUACUGAUGGCCUUCACAAGCAGCCUUGUGAACAGAAUGGUGAAACAGAUUGGCGGAAGUCAGCCUGCCCCAAAUCUUCACAUUCAGAACACUGCAUAAACUUGGAGCAUGCUCGAACAGUAGAUAAUUGGAACUUAAGGAUGACGAGUCGGGAGAAGACCCCUUCUCAAAGAUAUAAUGCAGAGAAACUAGAUGGACGCUCAAUCAACAGAAACAAUGGAGUGAAAACUGUGCAAAGUCUUAGAACAACUGUAGGUAAAGAUACAGACAGUAAUUCAGAUGAAUCCACCAAAAAUGGUCCCAGCUUCCCAACUUUUGGUACAGUUACUGCACCCAUUGCAAAGUCUGUUUCUCUUGGUAAUGAUGAAGCCCGUGUGAACAAUAAUUUACAUCUUCCCAAAUAUUCGCACAUUCCUUUUCUGGCUCCUAUGCAUUGUAUGAUUUCUAAUGGUUCAGAAAAGUUGGACCCUGUACUGAUUAGCCCCGGUUCUGUGUCUUCUGUAAGAGAACCAUUUUCCCAGGCCCCAAUUGGAAUGGGCCAAAAACUUGUUGCCUCAGCAACUGGAGAAUCCGAAAAACACAUUGAAAUACUGACUCCUCUUCCACUUCCAUCCACUUUCCUUCCACGGAAUUGUCAGCCCAGUAACCAUGCGUUACAUUUACCAGUUUCGAGACUGAAAAUAUCUUCUCCUCAGGGGCCUGCAGAGACCUGUACUAUGAAUGGUUCUGCACAGACUGGCUUGGCUCUGGGCACGGCUAGUGGAUUUAUUUCAGGUCACAGUUCAGUGGGUUUCUCACCAUCUCCCUCAGCAGCACCAGACCCCAUUACUAAACACCUUUCACAAGUUGUAGGCCUUAAUCAGGUAGUGCCUCAUCGUGAUGGAGGGGCCAUGCCUCCUCCAACAAACCUAAAACUGGUUCUCCCUAGCACUAACUUGUCCCCGGCUCCUCCUGCAGUCCCUUACCCAUUGCCUGGGGCUACACUUGCAUCUGCAAAUACAAAUGUGCUUAAUGCUGCUGCCACCACUGCUUCAUCUCAGCCAGCAAGUGUUGGCAUUGGUCUUGGUCAAGCUACCGUUCCUCCUGCUGUUCCUACCCACACACCCGGACCAGCACCAAGUCCAAGCCCUGCUUUGACCCACAGCACUGCACAGAGUGAUAGCACUCCCUUUAUCAGUGCAGCAGUUAACAAUACCAGCACGAAUGGAACACUUCUAACCCCCCAGCCAGUGGGACCAGGGGCAUGUGGUUCUUGUGGGCGUAGAUGCAGUUGUGGGAACAAUGGCGGAGCACCAGUGAGUUACAUUUAUGCCAACACAGUCCCUGGACCUGUGUAUAGAGGUUCUCCAUUUUUGACUUUUGUCAAUGGCACCUACCUCAACCAAGCACAUCAGAGUAAUGGAGCACAGCUUCCUUUCUACCUUACUCCAUACCCCAAUGGACUUAUGCAUGACCCUCUGCUUGGGGGACAAACCAGCUAUGGUAUGCAGCAGAUACCAGGCUAUGGAAGGUUCUUUCCAGGGUACCAAACCCCUAAUGUGGUAGCCAGUGCCAAUGGAUCAGGGCCCAAGAAAAGCAGCAAUGUCUCGUGUUAUAAUUGUGGGUUAACUGGACACUAUGCAAAUGACUGUAAGCAACCUCAUAUGGAGGCCAAUCAGCAAGGUAAUCGUGAUAACUCCCAGAGGACUUGUUUCUAAAUGUCUUGUGUCUUUUCCUCCUUACACAUGGUGACUAUGGUCUAGUUGUAUGUCCGUGUGAGUGUUUUUUUUUGCUCUUGCUUUACUGUCUACAGAGGUACUAAAUGUUGUGCUGGGGUUUAGUCACCAUUCCAGUGUUCUGUUAGUUUGAAUUGUUCUUGCAACAUUUCCCCAAAAGUAACAAUUGUAAAAAAAUAAAAUAAAAUAAAAAGAAAGGUAGCUAUGUAUGUUGCUUUUACUAGUCCUGUAGUGGUCUAAUUUUGUGCCUAAUCAUUUCCACAUCCUGUGCCUCAAUAGCCUCUUACUGAAGUCCCUCCACGUAGAACAGGCUCUGUAGAGUUAUUCUGUGUAAAGACAAACCCACAAAUGCAUUUACACCUUUAUUCUUGGAAUAACUAUAUGUUUUCCUACACAAUAUAUGUAUGUGGGCUCCACACUGUGAUUCUUUUAUGAAUUAAGCUAUGCUGCGAACUAUUAAUGAUCAUGAAUAUUUUUUAAUCAAGCAGUAGCCAUAGUUAUUGGAAUGGUUUGUUCCUGGGCAGAAAAGAAUUAUCAGAAUAUUUAAUCCCUGCCUCCAGUUUGCACUGGGCCUUUGGAGGGGUGUUCGAGUUUAGCGCUGUUGCUAAAUGGUGUUCUACUGCUGUGAUAAACGUGUCUAUUCAAUAUGAGACAAAAUCUAACUGCAGGUAAUCCCUCAGGAUGGAAUUUUAACAAAUUGGCCCCUUUUAGUCUGAGAAAGUGCCUUUCCCCAUCUGUCCAUUUGUUACCCUUAAGCAUAUUCUGUGUGAACUUGUUUCCUUCCAAGCUCUGACAGAGCAGUUUUCUUUCAUGUUUUAGGCACUUACUGGCUGAGGUAUGCACCUCCCCCUUCCCAUGAUCCCUUGGAUUCUGCUGACUAAACCCAGUCUACAGAUAUAACAAUAAAUCCCAGUGUCGUCUUGUUACAAUGUCUGUGGAAGUUUGUUUCAUUUGGAACUGUGUGUAGAAUCUUAUCGUUGGCCACCACUUAAUGGAGAAACAAAACGUGUUACAGUGCCAUUAAACGUAAUGCUUGAACUGAAGAUUAGUGUGUAUUUAUAGAUAGAUAUAUAUAUAUAUAUGUGUAUGUAUACUUGUGUGCAAUGCUGGAUGCUGCCUUAUAUGAGUGAGAACAAAAGAAAUGACUGUGGCUUGGAGAGUGCAGUGGGUGAUGGAGUUUUUAUUCUGCCUCCACAGAAACCUCCAUCUGCUGACUUUUACUGCUCUGGGGACCCAUUUAUUCUUGCACAGUAUGUCUCCUUUAUAUUAGGUCACAGUGCAUGCUUCUGGAAGAAUGGUUUUGGGUAAUGAUGUUUAGCAUAUUCCGUAUCAGUAUUUUAUUUGUAUGUACUGGUGUUGUGGGCACAAUCUGGCAUAAUGAAAAAAGGUUGUUAACCUGUGUUCUCUCCCACUCCUGACUGGUUUUGAGAUUGUAUUGAUAAAGAUUAUGUCUAUGGUUUAAAAGUACAAUAUAGUAGAACCUGGAUUUUAAGUUUCCCAGGGGACCAUAUUCAAACAGUGCAAAUUCUGGGAAAAUGUUAAAUCCAGGAAACUGCUGCUUGCCUACUGGAAAAUCGAAAAUCGGGAUUCCACUGUAUUUUAGUUAGGCCUGACUCCUUUUUGUUUUCAAUUAAAAGGGAAUAAACAUUAUUUUUUUUACCAAUUAAAUUGGUAAUGGACAUAAGAGGAGCUCAUGGUUGCCAGGUUGACUGGAACCUAAGCUGGCCCCGGGAAUAUUAUUCACUAUUGUAGCUGGUUUGUCCAUGGCUAAAUAGAUAUACAUUUUUCUAAUGACUGUGCCCGUGUCACUCUUACCUAAAGUGUUUUAUUCGUGUCGCAAACCAAGCAACGUUUCGGGCCUCGGCAACCCUUUAUCAAGUGUGCCCACUGUCGGUGAUAUGUCACCUGGUUUGUGGCACAAAGAAAUCACUCUACUUCUACCAUCUUGGAGUGCUGCUGGAGUAUUCUUUGCAGAAGGCUUGCACCUGCCGCUUCAGAAAGUGGAACAAGUGUGUAAGUGGAACCUUCUAUAGCGCUACUUGCCACUCUCAUCUUUGUAUAGCCAGGGUAUAACCUAUGUAAGGUAGGUUUCCCCUAAAAUUUUGCUGUAUACCCUUUGUUGCUUAUGUUCAUGGACACACAUUGGUAUGUGGGAAUAAAUGCAUUCUCCCAGUGCAUUUACAGUAUUUAUUGUAACUGUACAGAUUUCAUUUUAAAUAUGAAUGCUCUUAUGCUGGGCCCGGUCUUUCAUUUUCUUUUUUUUUUAAUUCUACCACUAAGAUUGAAUCAUAAUGUGAAAGACUGAAUUUUUGUUUUGUUAAAUGUCUUCUCUGCAAAUAAUGCUGCUGAUUCUUUUAUGAGUUAUGUGUAACUCUGAGGUCCAAGGCUUAGUGUGUGCAGGCACCUUUGGUGCCCAGUGGGUAACUGGCAAAUGCGCUGAAAGCUUUGCUUCUUGUGUGGCACAUGAGUGUAUACAUGGAUUGUGUGUCACACACAGGAUCAGCACUGUUUGCCCAUACACUUCUUUAUUCCUCAAUAACUUCCUUCACCAGUUCUUUCUAGGCUUUUUCACUAGCAAGUGGAUCUUCACAAAAAAUUAUGUUGGGAAUUCAGGCAGCACUCAAAUAUUUAUUUAAAAAAAACAAAAACAAAACUAUUUACGUAAAAAUCCAGCCUCUUUUUAGCCUCCUAUUGCAACACUUGAAAAAGAAAAUACAUUUUUGAUUUUUUUUUUUUUUUUUUGUUGUGUAUUUUUUUUUUCAAGACAUUAAGAAUAUUUGUGUUUAUCUGAAGCAGGCGAGAGGGGGCUUGGGUAGAAAAGCAAACAGUUCAUACAAAAGCUUUAAUUUAAAGGAGAAAUAUUUUAUUUAAUCUAAGUAUUUUUGGAUAUAAUGAAAAUGUUUAGAAUGCAGUUGAACCGUUCUAUUGAAGGUAAUGCAAGGUCUCUAUGGUUACAACAAUAAGCCAAUAAGAGGUUUUUAAUAUUGUACUGUAAGUGGGGGGCUGUUACCUUCUUUUUCUUUGUAUGUUUACCAUGUACUUUGAUAUUUCAACUGUUAUGUACUGGAAAGGUUACUUAUAUUUCUAGAAGAGACUUUGGAUUUUAUGCAAACUUGUUUCCUUCAAUUAACAGCAAUAAAAAAAAAAGGAAAAACAAA